AUGGCCGAGUCACAGUCACCCGAGCUACGCGACCGUAGCCGAGAUGGAAACCGAACGGCCAGUGUUUCUCCGUCGCCAGGGCCGGCUGCACGCGACCGCUCCCCGUCGCCUCUCCCGCGUCGGUCGCCAUCUCCUCCCCGGCGACGGGCCUCUCCUCCUCCUCGCCGACGCUCUCCACGGCCGACGAAUACACACCCCUCGCGCCGACGCACACCGCCACCCCAACCGACCGACGCAGAAAAGCAGGCAGCGGCCAAGGCCGAAUACAACCGUCUCCUGACGGCACGGUCGGGUGGCGUGUACGUGCCGCCAGCGCGGCUGCGUGCUCUCCAGGCCCAGGUCCAGGACAAGACGUCCAAGGAGUACCAGCGGAUGGCCUGGGAGGCUCUGAAGAAGUCCAUCAACGGCAUGGUCAACAAGGCGACCGCGGGCAACAUGCGCCAGAUCAUCAACGAGCUGUUUGGCGAAAACUUGAUCCGCGGCCGAGGCCUGUUGGCCCAGAGCCUGAUCAAGGCCCAGUACGCGUCUCUGCCGUUUACGCCCGUCUAUGCGUGCAUCGCCGCCUGUGUCAACAGCAAGCUCCCUGCCGUCGGCGAGCUGCUGCUGCGCCGGCUCCUGCUGCGCUUCCGUAAGGGCUUCCGCCGCAACGACAAGGCUGUGUGUCGCAGCGCGACGACGUUUAUCGCCCACUUGGUCAACACGCAAGUCGCCGACGAGAUGAUUGCCGCGCAGAUGCUGAUGCUGCUGCUGCACCACCCGACCGACGACAGCGUCGAGAUUGCAGUCAACCUGACCCGCGAGGUCGGCAACUACAUGGAGACAAUGAACCCGACGAUCAUGGUCGUCGUCUUUGACCGGUUCCACCACAUUCUGAACGAGGCCGAUAUCGAUAAGCGGACGCAGUACGCGAUCGAGGUACUGUUCCAGAACCGCAAGGAUCAGUUCAAGGACCAGCCGGCGAUCCGCGACGACCUGGACUUGAUCGAGGAGGAGGACCAGGUGAAGCACCUGCUCGAGCUCAACGGCAAGUUCGAGGACGAGGCGACGCUCAACAUCUUCCGAUACGACGAGAACUGGGAGGCCAACGAGAAGGAGUACGCCAAGCUGCGGCGCGAGAUUCUAAACGAGAGCGACAGCGAAGACGGGUCUGACCGGUCGGACUCAGACUCCGCCUCCGACUCGGGCUCCGAUGACGACAGCUCUAGCGAAGACGAGGAGGAGGCCGCGCAAAAUGCCAUCGACAUCAAGGAUCGGACCAAUGCCGAUCUCGUGUCCCUCCGCCGCACCAUCUACCUGACGAUCCAGAGCUCCAUGAACGCCGACGAGGCCGUUCACAAGCUGCUGGCCGUCGACCUGCCGGAGGGCCGCGAGAACGAGCUGCCGUCCAUGGUGGUCGAGUGCUGUUCCCAGGAGAAGACAUACACCAAGUUCUUUGGCCUGAUUGGCGAGCGCCUAGCCAAGAUCAACCGCCGGUGGUCCACCAUGUUCGAGGAGGCCUUUACCAAGUACUACGAGACCAUCCACCGCUACGAGACGAACCGCCUGCGCAACAUUGCCUGCUUCUUUGGCCACAUGCUCGCCAGCAAUGCCAUUGGCUGGUACGUGCUGUCGUGCAUCCACCUCAACGAGGACGAGACGACGAGCGCCAGCCGUAUCUUUAUCAAGAUUCUGUUCCAGGAGAUGUCCGAGGCCAUGGGCCUGCCAAAGUUGCAGGCCCGCUUCCGCGACGACGUCGACCUCAAGCCCAGCCUAGAUGGCCUCUUCCCCGUCGACAACGCCCGCAGCCUGCGCUUCUCCAUCAACUACUUUACCAGCAUCGGCAUGGGUGCGCUGACCGAGGAAAUGCGCGAGCGGCUGAUCAACCUGCCCAAGCCGACCUUGCCAGCCGUGGCGGCCGCCCCGAGCGACCGUUCUGGUUCGCGCUCGCGCUCGGGCUCGUACUCGAGCUACUCGUCGUCGUAUACAGGGUCGUCCUAUUCGCGGUCGCCGUCCCGCUCCCGCUCUCGUUCUCGCUCUCCUCGCCGGAGACAGCGGUCGUACGACUCGCGUUUGCCGUCCGGCUCUCGUUCGCGCUCCCGCUCUCUCUCCUACCGCUCCCGAUCUCGAUCAUACACCGCGUCCCGAUCGCCGCCGCGAGCCGCCAAAAGCGCACGGGGCCGCCGGUCCCCGUCGCGUUCCUUGUCUCGGUCUGCGUCUCGGUCUGUGUCGCCUGCACCUCGUCGCAACGGCAAGCAACCUGCCACCACCCGGCGCCAACGCAGUCGCUCCUACUCCUACUAUUCUCGCUCACCAACGCCUCCUCCUGCGGCUUCGUCGGCGUCGACAAAACCAACCGCAUUCAAGGACAAAGAGCGGCUCGUGCACCGCGGCCGUUCGUUGACGCGCUCACGCAGCCGCACAGCGCCGCGUUCACCGUCUCCCCGUGGCCGUGGCCGUGGCCGUACCCGCAAUGGAUACUCACGGUCACCGUCUCGGUCACUCUCUCGCUCGCCGUCCCGUUCUCCAUCGCGGUCGCCGUCGCGGUCGCCUUUGCCACCAGCUGGUGGCAGCCGCCGCCGCCGCCGCAGUGAUAGCGUGUCAAGUGCUGGAAACGAUGCGCCGCCGAAAAAGCAUCGCCGUGGGGACUAG